GCAAAGUUUUUGCUUAUAAAAAAAACUCUUGAGACCUAGAGAAGCCAUGGAAGUCCAACAAGUUCUCCACAUGAAUGGGGGCAAUGGAGAAACUAGCUACGCCUGCAACUCCAAACUUCAAAAACUAGUGAUAACCAAGGCAAAGCCAGUGGUGAUUGGGAGCAUUUCAGAUUUGUAUACCAUCAACUUACCUCGAUGUUUAAGGGUUGCAGAUUUGGGCUGCUCUUCAGGGCCCAACACACUAGAGGUCAUCAUAGAGAUCAUUGAUGCUAUUGAUGAAACAUGUCAUCAAUUGAAGCUUACUACGCCUGAAUUCCAAGUGUUCCUCAAUGAUCUUCCAUCUAAUGACUUCAACAACAUUUUCAAGACCUUGCCUGCCUUCUAUGAGCAACUUAAGAAGGAGAAGGGUGAUAUAGUCUUCAGACUUAGAGAAGCCAUGGGAGUCCAACAAAUUUUCCACAUGAAUUGGGGAAAUGGAGAAACUAGCUACGCCUGUAACUCUAUACUUCAAAAACUAGUGAUAACAAAGACAAAGCCAGUGGUGAUUGGGAGCAUUUUGGAUUUUUAUACCAAAAACUUACCUCCAUGUUUAAGGGUAGCAGACUUGGGGUGCUCUUCAGGUCCCAACACCCUACUGGUGACCACAGAGAUCAUCGAGGCUAUUGAUGAAACAUGCCAUCAGUUGAAUCGUAAUACGCCUGAAUUCCAAGUUUUCCUCAAUGAUCUUCCAUCUAAUGAUUUGAAUGCCAUUUUCAAGACCUUGCCGGACUUCUGUGAGCAACUAAAGAAGGAGAAGGGUGAAAAGUUUGGGCCAUGUUCCAUCACUGGAUUACCUGGUUCUUUCUAUGGCAGACUCUUUCCAAGCAAUUCUAUAGACUUCUUUCAUUCCUCUAACAGCGUUCACUGGCUCUCUCAGGUUCCUUCAAUGGUUGGGAAUAGGAUUGAGAAUAACAAAGGGAAUAUUUAUUUGGCAAGGACAAGUCCUCCCAGUGUGGUCAAAGCAUACUUGGAGCAAUUUCAAAAGGAUUUUUCCUUAUUUCUUAGCUUGCGCGCCAAGGAAAUAACACCAGGAGGACGAAUGGUCCUAACACUAGUACGCAGGAGAAGUGAAGAUCCCUUUGGCAAAGAGAGUUUUCUUUGGGAGCUAUUGUCCGACUCACUCAAUGAUUUGGUCUCAAAGGGUCUCAUUGAAGAAGAUAAAGUGGAUUCAUUCAAUUUGCCUUAUUACAUACCUUCUCGUAAAGAAUUAGAGGAUAUAAUUUGUGCAGAAGGAUCUUUUUAUCUUGAUCAGUUUGAAAUCUUGGAUGUCAGUUGGGAUGCAAGUGAUGAUGAUAAUGACAACAAAGAAUGCAUGUUCCAUAGAUUUAUAACUGCACAGAAAGUGGCAAAGUGUAUAAAGAGCUGCGAUAGAGUCGUGGCUCACUUGUCACUUUGGGGAUGUUGUAAUGGAUGUUCUAUUCAAUAG